UGCUGCGACAAGUGUCCCAAGAUUUUGAAGAAGAAACUAUUGAAGAUGCCGGGGGUGGAUUCAGUUGCUAUAGACAUGGAGAAAGAUAUCGUAUUGGUCACAGGGACAGUGGACGCAAUGACGUUGGUCAACAACGUUGCAAAGCUAGGAAAAACAGUACAUCUUCUGCCAAGCAACAAACAUCCCAAGAACAAGAACAACCAUGUUGAUGAAAAACACAUGGAAAUCAGCAAUGAAGAGACUCCCACUUUUCCUCUACAGAAGGGGAAAACGCACAAGAAUUGCUGCUGUAGAGAUGGUCGUCACAACGACAAGAAAGAGGUAGAAGAACAUAAAUGUGAAGCAUAUGUGCCGGCCAAGGUCGAUGAGAGAGUCUGCAGGGACUACUACUGUAAAGUCCACCCAAAAUCGCGUAAGAUUGUGGAUAAGACGCCAGCAGGGAGUUCCGCCUUGUUUGGGGGCUUACCGUUUUACAACACUAGCUUUGGUGGAGGAGUUCCUUAUAGAGGCUCGUAUUUGUACCCCGGGUGGUACAGAGAGGAGCCGCCCCAUCCAGCCCGUUUUGGGUACCAUCCAGCGAGUAGGAUGCUUCGACCUCCAUUUGGUUUCCAGUAGGAGUUGCCUUAUUGCAGGCUUCAUGAAAUGUGAAGUUGCAGUUUGAAAUAGUAGCUAGUGUUGUCACAUUGGCGUAAUUCCGCUCCAUUCCUUAGAUUUUCAAGCAUUUGAUUGGCGGUCUUUCUUGUUACUGACCUAAUGCUGCUUCUAAUGGUUCUAUUACUAGUGUUCUGGGACAUGAUGUUUGUGUUAGUCCUGCUCAACUCUUUAUCUUUCAAGAUGUAACUAAUUGUUCGAAGUGCUGAUGACUUCUACAUUCUCCAUAAAGUUCAAACUCGUGAACUUAAACGAAAAGCUAAUAACUUAACUAUGAGACCAUCGUGGACGUUUUCUUUUCACAAGGUUCAAAAGCAUCCUAACUGCGUCAAAGAAAGAAUUAAAAAAGAUGGAAGUUUGAGAAAGCCAUGACGUGUUAACUCUCUCUUUAUGCAUAAAUCCCACUUGGUUUCAAGAUUCCAGUCACUCCUUGUGUAAAUGUUACCUGAAUAAUAAUCCCUACUCGGUUUCAGGAUUCCAGUCGUUUCUUGAGUGAAUAUGACCUUCAUACUGGCAUUAUGGUGGAUCUACGUGUACAAAAUGAUAAUAUAACUCAACAGUUCCAGAAACUAAUGGCGGCGAAUCUCCUGAGCUUCCUACAAUAUGGCUCCACUCGGUAGAGAUCACCUAGAAAUGUUACAUUGUCUACGUGGUGAACAAAACACAAGAAUUGGAGAUUCCAAAGGUUGAUAUGACAAGCAUACUAACACCGAACUAAACACAAGAAUGUGAGAUUUUGAAGGUUGAUAUGACAAGCACACUUCUACCGCAAUCAGUAAUGGACUAGAAGCUAGAACUAAAUUUCCAUAGAGACGUAACCUUACUCGACCUGAUUGAGAUGAUUGUGCCUUGUGGAUUUAAAACGUGCAAUUAAAGAUGCCAGAAGUACAAACCAUCUGGAAAGAAAUCAGAAAGAAAGCUUAAAGAAACCUGAAUUAAAUAUACUACCACAUUGGAACACAACUCUGCAGCAGUACACUUGAAACAUUGAUCAGAUACCAAACUCUGUACAGGUACCAAGGCCUAAAGGGAGUCUUGCAAAGUCUGGUACAUUUAUUUUCUCCAGGGGAAAGACAACCAGGAG